UGGUGCUCGUGGUACAUAAUAUGAUCGUGGAACUGAAGACUUCGAUGGUAGCCGAUGAAGAACUAGUUGCCAUCAAGACGAGAUCAAGCGCAGAAGUCACUCCUUUUCCCAAGUGUGGUUUUUCUUCUCGUCAACUUCCCGCUCAAGAGCAUUGAACGCACUGGACGUUUGGGAUUUACGGUAGCGCUGGACAAAGCGAGCAAUGACCAGGUAAAAUUCUUUGCACUUAUGUCUUUGAAAGCAUAUGAUACCCGUGAUUUUCUUAUAUACUGCUGAAGCAUGGAGUAGACAACCGCCUCCAGACUUUUUUAUUCUUUGUAUCUAAAACCCUGACAUUCAGCGUGUUAUUUCGUCUACUUGUAAAUUUAAAGGUAGGCGUGGCCUGACGGUGGGUACUGCCAUGGUACUAUGCAGGGAGCACAGGUGAUGAAGGUGGCCCUUCUCUUGUUUCUAUGCUUUUACGGAAUACUUUCAGUGAAAGCCAAUUCUCCACCAAAGUUUGCCCUUGACGGGGCAAGCGAAAUAGUGGUCAAAGUCCGAGAGGGGCCGGACAGUGUUGGUAAGCUUCUAUACAGAUUACGUGGUGAAGAUGCAGACGGCGAUCGUCUCACCUUUGGUGUCGUUGGACCGGUCGGUAAAGAAAUCUUACGUUUCGAGCGCCUCGGAGCGUCAGAGGCCAACGUAUAUCUCAACAAGGAACUUGAUAGGGAGGUGGCAGAUUCCUAUUCAUUGGUCCUCACGCUUACAGAUGGAAGACUGGGAGAAGGACAGUUUAUCCGUCAUUCCAUGCUUAUUAUAGUUGAAGAUGUGAAUGAUAAUGAACCUAUAUUUAAAUCCUUUAGAUCAACUAUUAAUGUCCGUGAGGAUUCUCCACCCAAAAUUUUAGAAACUGUAGAAGCAAUAGAUAGUGAUGCGGGACCUUUCGGACAAGUUAUAUAUCAAUUAGGAAAUGUGGACAAAGAAACGUCUGAAACGUUUUCAGUACAAACUAGCCAAGGAAAAGGAGUCAUAAAUCUCGUUGGGCCAUUAGAUUAUGAAAGAAAAGGACUUUACCAGUUGAGAGUUCUGGCUAUAGAUCGUGCCAAUACUGGACGGAGGAAUACUGCUACUGCUGCCAUCUUGGUGAAAGUUGAAGAUGUAGAAGACCAGCCUCCUGUGUUCAUUUCGGUACCAUCCGUAACCAGAAUACCCGAAGAUUUACCUCCAAAUUCUGCAGUAUUAUCAGUCAAAGCUGUUGAUGGUGACAGAGGGGUAAAUAAUGCUAUUACGUACAGAAUUUCUAAAGGUUCAAGAGGUUUGUUUUCCAUUGAUCGUACGAGUGGAUUGGUCAUAGUCAGCGGGAAGUUGGAUCGAGAAAAUACAGACAACAGAAAUGGAGCAUUUAUUCUUGAAAUAGAGGCUCAAGAAGUUGCGUUGGGCGUAUAUCCUUCACCCAGUGUUACGACAGAAGUGACUAUCAUAGUCACUGAUGUUAAUGAUGAAACUCCGACAUUUUUGAGCCGUCAGUACACAGCAGAAAUCAACGAAAACGCAGAAGCAAAUGUUCCAGUAAAUUUUCUUGGUUCAAGCAUCGCUGAUGUCUUUGACCAUGAUCAAGGUAACAAUGGUACGUUCAGGAUCUUUCUUGAAGGAGAUGAUUCUGUCUUUGAUGUCACACCUUCAGAAGGUGUGAACGAAGCUUCCUUUCUUAUUCGGGUUAAAAAUUCUCAAGCCUUAGAUUAUGAGAGGAUACAGGAAUUCAAUUUCAGAAUCGUUGCUCAAGAAACUGUUCCAAUCUUGCCAAAAUCUAGCACUGCCGACGUAACUGUAUAUAUAAGAGAUACUAACGACAACUUUCCAGAAUUUUCUGAAGAUGUUUAUCGCGUCUCCGUGCCUGAAAAUGCUGAAGCUGGUACUAUUCUAACAACAAUACAGGCUCAAGAUAGAGAUUCUGGUGACUUUGGAACUAGAGGCAUUCGGUAUACCGAUCUCAGAGGACAGAUUGCAGACAAAUUACGUUUGGAUCCUCUCACUGGUGUUAUUUCAAUCGAAAAUUCUGAUCAUGGAAUGGAUCGAGAAACCACAGCCCAGUAUUUCGUGACCGUCGAAGCUAGAGACAAUAAUGGUUUAGGGAACAGGAAUACAGUUCAGCUAGUAAUAUCUGUUGAUGAUGUAAAUGAUAAUACACCCCGAUUUCUGCAGCAGAAAUACGAAGCUAGGCUUAACGAAAAUGAAGAUAAUUUCUUAACACCUCUUAUAGUUCAGGCACAGGAUGAUGAUUUGCGGGGAUCAUCAAAUAGUCAAGUUAGAUAUCAAAUAGUUGAUGGGGAUAGAAAUAAAAACUUUACUAUCAACCAGUUAACUGGAGAAAUUAGACCUAGAACAAUGGUUGAUUUUGAGAAAAUGUCCAAUGAGAAAGGUGAUAUAAGAACAUUUGAACUCAAAGUUCGAGCCUAUGACCUCGGAUCGCCGUCUCUUUACAGUGAUGUGCCAGUUAUAAUAUAUGUCCAGGAUGUGAAUGAUUUUCCACCAGUCUUUGUACAGCCAUUUUAUAGCAAAUCAAUACCAGAAGAUACACCUCCUGGAACAUCUGUUGUACAAGUAAAAGCUUUAGAUGGUGACCAUUCUUCCUCAAAUAGUCAAGUUGUAUAUAGAAUACAGUCUGGUGCACAAGAUAAAUUUGUGAUUGAUGCAGAUUCUGGUAUCAUUAGUGUAGCACGUGGAGCUAACUUAGAUCCAGACAGAACUAUUCCAAAAUCUAAUUUCUACUUACUGGAUGUUGUGGCAUUAGAUGGUGGCAUUGGUACAGAGCAGCAGCAAAACAGGGUUCCUGUUAAUAUAUCUAUUAUGGAUGUAAAUAAUAAAGCUCCUAAAUUUGUGGACCCUAAACCGGCAAUUAUUUCUGAAAAUGCAGAAGUUGGUACUGUCGUAACUAAAGUUUCUGCAAUAGAUGCAGAUGAACGACCUGUUUUAAGAUUUUCUCUUGACUAUCGUUCCAGUGAGGGUAGAACAGAAGAGGGAGCUCUUGUUUCACCAACAGAAUAUGACUACAAUAACAUCUUUGCUAUUAAUGCUGUGGAUGGCACUUUAACUGUUGCCAAAUCUUUGGACAGAGAAAAAAUGGAAGUGAUUAAGCUUGUAAUCAAAGUAGAAGAUUUAGCUGCUGCUACUAAAGGGCAAACAUCAACUGCUACACUUUCUGUUCGUAUUGAUGAUGUAAAUGAUAACAAACCUCACUUUCAAAAGAGGUAUUAUCGACAAGCAGUAACAGAAAACACGAAACCUGGUUCUCCAAUAGUGACAGUGGUCGCUGAAGAUGCUGACAAGAAUCGAUCAUUAAUAUAUUCACUUCAAGGAAGUCCCGAUAUCAUCGGCCUUGUUGGGAUGGAUAAAAAAUCAGAAUCUACUGGUUUGCUGUGGCUUCAUCCAGUAACAGGUGAAGUGAGUGUCAGCAAUAAAAUUGAUCGAGAGAUGUUUUCUUGGCUGAAUGUCACAGUAAUUGCUACGGAUAGUGGUAUUCCUCCUCUUUCUGGAGCUGCUGAUAUAUUUAUACAAGUUUUGGAUGAAAAUGACAACAAUCCUGUGUUUGUAAAUAGUGCUUCAGACUUUUCUGUUGCAGAAGAUGUAACUGUUGGAACAGAAGUUGCUUUGGUUCAAGCUACGGAUGCAGAUGUUGGAGAAUAUGGAAAAAUUACAUAUCUUUUAGAUACAUCAUCUACUCAAGGACAUUUUAAAAUAAAUAAAGAAACGGGAUCAAUCACAGUAGCAUCUCCUUUGGACAGGGAAGAUAAAGAUGUAUAUACUCUUGUUGUCCAAGCAUGGGAUAAUUAUGAUUAUGGGUUUUCAACAGGAGAGAGUCGUAAAGCCUUUAAACAAAUAACUGUUCACGUAACAGAUGUGAAUGAUGAAGCUCCGAUAUUUAUAAAGCAGGAAGUAUGUGCAACUGUUACAGAAUUCCAUCGGAUACGAGAUACCAUUUUCAUGGUAUCAGCAAGUGAUGCAGACGAUUCCACCACCCCAAAUGGAAAACUCCAGUUCUCCAUAGUUGGUGGAAAUGAUGAAGGCUUAUUUGGAAUUGAAAACCAGGACUCUAAUACAGCUCGAGUAGUUUCACGUUAUUCAUUGAGAGGAAGAUUUGGAAAUUACAGUCUAGUGUUGCAAGCUCAAGAUUCUGGCAAUCCACCCUUGCACACUACAUCUCGCUUUCAAGUGUGUGUUACUGAUGUGAAUGAUAACAGCCCAGUUUUUGUUAAACCUCCUCAGAAUUAUACAAUUAGAGUUCUUGAGAAUGCCACUCUUGGGAGCAGUGUAGUUGAAGUUAGUGCUCGAGAUGCGGAUAUAGGUUUAAAUGGUGAAGUUCGAUAUCGAUUCAAGAAACUUGCAAAUGGUCACUGGAAAGCCUUCAACAUCCAUGAGAUUUCAGGAGUUAUAACUGUUCGAGAAGCUCUUGAUAGGGAAAGACAAAAGGUUUAUGAGGUUCGUGUUGAAGCUUAUGAUCUUGGGCAACCAACUUCACUUUCAACUGAUUUGGAUUUAACCAUUUUUGUUGUAAAUGUUGAUGAUAAUGCUCCAGAAUUUACAGAGGAUGAUUAUGAAGUUAUGUUCACUGAAAACCUGGAACCUGGAAAAGAAAGUUUCAAACUUAUUGCUACUGUUGAUAAAGAUGAUGAUUCUGGCUCUAGGAAACCUAUUCCAUGUUAUUUUAUAGUGGGAGGUAAUCAUUUUGGUCGUUUUAAGCUUGAUAUCUUUACUCAUCAACUUUACUGCACUGAAGUUUUGGAUCGGGAAGAAAGACAGAAUUAUACUCUCAUCGUUCAAGCUUCAGAUGACUGCUUUCAUCAACCUACUUCUGUUACACGUUUCGAUCCAAGGGAUAAUUCCUUAUUGCAAGUACAUAUUGGGGUCAAAGAUAUAAAUGAUAAUCCUCCAAGGUUCAUCAAAAGGGUUUUCACUGGUGGAAUAACAGCAGAAACUGAUUUUGGGACAGCAUUCAUGAUUGUUAAGGCAAUUGAUCUCGAUAUAGGCAAAAAUGCUGCUGUAACAUAUUACAUUGCUGGUGAUGUCCAAAUGACCUUGUCUGAAGGAUUGGAAUCCCUUAAAGUAUCUCCUUUCAUUGUGAAUAAAGAUACUGGUGUUAUCAGCUUGAACUUUGAUCCCCAAAAAGGAAUGAAAGGUUAUUUUGAUUUUGAAGUGAUUGCAAAUGAUACAGACGGCCUUUUUGAUACUGCAAGAGUUUUUAUCUAUUUAUUGCGAGAGGAUCAGAGAGUUCGUUUUGUAUUAAGAUUGACACCUGAGGAAAUAAGAGAAAAAUUGGAAAAAUUCAGAGAGGUAUUAAGUAAUAUUACUGGAGCAAUUGUUAAUGUUGAUGAAACUAAGUAUCAUGAAAACAGAGAUGGUUCUGUGGACAAGAAAAAGAGCGACUUGUACCUUCAUUUUGUAAAUAGAGAAGAUAAUUCAAUUAUGGAAGUGGCUACAGUUUUAUCACUGAUUGAUAAAAAUAUUGAAUUUUUGGAUGAGCUAUUUAAGGAAUUCAAUGUACUAUACAGUGAACCUGCUGAUACAGCUGUGGCUGAUACUAAUGUUGAAGCUCAAGUACGUGCAUGGUUGAUUGGGCUUUCUGUUUUCCUUGCCAUUAUGUUGGUGCUGGUCAUCUCACUUUGCAUUACUCAACGAAGCAGAUAUGAACGUAAACUGAAAGCAGCUACAGCUACAGCCUUUGGUUCUCAAGAAUCUGCACUAAAUCGAAUGGAUGUGCCCAACACAAAUCAACAUUCUGUUGAAGGAUCUAACCCAAUUUGGAUGCAUUCAUACGAUAAUGAAUGGUAUAAGGAAGAUGAACAAAUAAGCCACAACUCUGGGGACAACAAUUCUUUGGAUGAAAAUGCAAUUUCUGAAGUUAGUGCCCCAAAUGAACAUUCAAAGACUGGUACUGGAAUCUGCAACCAACAGACACUUCGUAAUAAUUCGGAUAAUAACUACUCUCAACCAGUGAAAAAUGGAAUUCGGGGUCCUGCCCCAAGACACCCAAAUUAUGGUGGUAAAAAUAUACCACCUGCCAAGUUAAUCGCACCACUAAACCACAAUAAUAAACCGAUUAAAAAUGGCAGCCAUAUCAUAGACUCGGAUGAUACAAGCUCUGGCUUACUUUCUCAUGACUCUAUAGAUACAAAACGCCAGAAUGAUUUAAAUAAAUGUAAUGCAGUUUACAGUUAUGAACAGAUUCCAAAGUUAAUCACCCCACCACAUAUAACGAACUUGGAAACAUCAGAACUGUGAAAAAGCAUCAUAACUAUGUGUUUUUGUAAACUGCAUAUCAUUCGUAUCUGGAAUAUGUGAAGUAUAAACAGAGAAUAAUAUGGCUGUUCAUGAAAAUGGAAUCUGUAUUGAAGGAUUAAUUUCCAUGGCAAUUCAGAUAUACAUUUUCACUGCAUACUUAUCAUAUUCAUCAAGUGUAAAAUCAUGAAUUAUGUUUAAUAAUUUCCUUUUUUUAAUUAAAUCAAUCAAAUUGUGGUAAAACACAGUUUCACUUGGGAGACUGCUGAAAAAUGAUUACUAUUGUGUGCAUUUUCGAUAUGAGUGCAUCUGAACUUAGGUAAGAAUAGCAUGGUUAACUGUUCAGAGCUAUACAAUUUCAGAAUUUUUUUAUCUUUUUAACUAUAUAUUUAGCUUGAACAUUUUAAGAAAUAUUUUUAAUUGUUGAUUAUUUUUUUUACUCUUAAGAGAAGGAGAAGAGGGAAUAAUUUUUCAAGAGAAGUGAUUUUAUUCAGGUAAAAUAAAAAAUGACAGUCAAAACUGUGUACCUGAAAUUUCAAAAACACUUUUAAAAUUUCAAAAAUAUUUCAAAGCACACUGUAUUCUAAAAAUCUCAGCAAUUUUAAUAUAAAGAAAUCAAUUUUCUACUUAAAAAGUGAGAAAUUAUUAAAUAUUUAAU